UGUCUCCUGUACCAGCAGAAGCUCCAGAACUCUCACCCACUUGCCUGCCUCUUCCUUGUCUUUGCCCACUGAAGAGCCAUGAGAAGGCAGCUCCGGUCCAGAAGGGCUCCGGCCUUUCCUCACAGUUAUCGCUACAGACUUGAUGACCAAGAUGAAGUGAAUCAGAACUACUUAGCAGAUGAAGAGGAAGAAGCAGAAGAAGAGGCUCGGGUGAUGGUGGUACCCAAUUUGGAGGAGGAGGAGGAGGAGGAAGAGGAGGGGAAAGAAGAGGAGGAAAAGGAUGAGGAAGAGGGUCAGGGUCAGCCAACAGGCAACACCUGGUGGCGGAAAUUGCAGAUCAUGAAUGAAUACCUGUGGGAUCCGGAGAAAAGGAUGUCUCUGGCCCGAACAGGUCAGAGUUGGAGCCUGAUCUUAGUCAUUUACUUCUUUUUCUACGCUUCUCUGGCUGCUGUGAUCACUCUCUGCAUGUACACGCUAUUUCUGACCAUUGGCCCUUACAUGCCAACCUUCUCUGAGAGGGUGAAGCCUCCUGGAGUUAUGAUCAGACCCUUCGCCCAUAGCCUUAACUUCAACUUCAACGUUUCUGAACCUGACACUUGGCAGCAUUAUGUGAUUAGCCUAAAUGGCUUUCUCCAGGGUUAUAAUGACAGUCUUCAAGAGGAAAUGAAUGUAGAUUGUCCCCCGGGACAGUACUUCAUCCAAGAUGGAAAUGAAGAUGAGGACAAGAAGGCCUGCCAAUUUAAGCGCUCUUUCCUGAAGAAUUGCUCUGGCCUGGAAGACCCUACUUUUGGCUACUCUACUGGACAGCCCUGCAUUCUUCUAAAGAUGAACAGGAUUGUAGGCUUUCGUCCUGAGCUUGGAGAUCCUGUGAAGGUUUCCUGCAAAGUUCAGAGAGGUGAUGAAAAUGACAUCCGAUCCAUCAAUUACUACCCAGAGUCUGCUUCUUUUGACCUCCGCUACUACCCUUACUACGGCAAAUUGACUCACGUUAACUACACCUCCCCACUGGUGGCAAUGCAUUUUACAGAUGUGGUGAAGAACCAAGCGGUGCCUGUGCAGUGCCAACUGAAGGGCAAAGGCAUCAUAAAUGAUGUCAUCAAUGAUCGCUUUGUGGGUAGGGUAAUCUUUACUCUGAACAUAGAAACCUAAGAAUUUCAGGGGGUGACACCCACCAGUUCUGUUUCUGUUUUAUUUCAUGUUACCACUGGUAGCACCUGAAUUCUUUUUCUUCAAUCAGGACACAGCCAGAUGGACAUCUAAGAGCAGAUCCUCUUUCCUUGCCUUUGACAUAUGUAUAAAAUGACAUUAUAUGGGCUACUUGAUUUUUUAAAGGUGGUCUCUCCUGAUGACAGAUUAUAUUAAUUUCCUUUCCCCCCACUUAAAACUAAAACCAUUCUUGCUGCUAGAAGUCUCACUAUAGGGCAAACAUAGUAUAUGAUAAAAUUCACAGUAGCCAUGAAGAAUAAUUUCUAUGAUGACUAUAAAUUCAUUGUGUUUUCUAAAACUUUGUUGUUUUUAGAGGUGAGAUUCCUCCCAACCAGGCUGAUAAAUCUUUUUUUUUUUUCCCACCUGCUUGGCAAGGCCCUUCCAUGGGAAUCACCAAUCAGACCAACCCAGAAUAUAUAUAGGGCCACCAUACCUAGGGAAUUCUAUAUCCAGGAAUGCUUGAAAAACUGGCUGCCUCUCAUGGGCAACUAAAUACUGAUUCAAAGGCUAAGGUACCUUCAACUGAAAGCAGUGCUAACUGGAUAUUGUUCUGGAGAGAGAUGAAGACUUCCCCUAAGAUUUUUGUGGGGGAAGUGAGGCCCACUGCAAUUAGGGAGAACACCUACUACGUGAAUGUGAUUGGUAUUUGAUUCCUCACUCUAUGGUGAAAUCAUCCAAAGGCAAACAUUCCUGCAAGCAGGGUUGUCUCAGCUUCAGGUAGAGGAGAGAACAAGAAAGAAAUCUCUAUCAGCUAUUUCUUUUUGGGCUGUUUGUUUGACAGUAGUAUGAUGUUCUUUGAGACCACGAUGGAUGGGUGUGUUGUCCCUCAGCUACAGCUCUAGGGAUUGAAAUCAGAGUCAGCCAACUGAUUCAGUAUAAGACAGAAAGCCCCUUCCAGGCCACCCUAAUUCAAGGCCCAUUAGCCAGCUUUUCAUUUGCUUAAAAAAUGAUAUGAAGCAGAUGUUUCUCUAGGCUAUGGAUCAGCCAAGCUGCUUUGUCUUAUCUUUGGCCAUGUGACCAUUCCACUGCUUCUUAGCACCUGCACCAGAGGGAGGGAUGGGACAAGGAGAAGAAGCAAACAGUAGAGAAUAGCAUAGUGUCUCAGGGUCCAAAGCAAGCUUAAAUGCCACCUAGAAACAUCCAGAGUCUGAACCUCCUCUAUAAUGUUUACCUUCUUCGUAAACAGGGAACUAGUAGUCUGGUAGUGAAGACAAACAAGUGAAGAAGUAACUAUGAUAUAGUGUGACAAGAGUUAUCAAACUAGUAUGUGGAAAUGUUAUUGGAGCAUGAGGAAAAGUUACUAACUUGAGCUAAGAAAGUAGCAGGAGAAAUUUCACAUGCAAAGUCACAAUCACGAAAGACCAUGGUGUGUUUGGUUAACUGUGAGCAGUUCUUGUCAUUGGAGUGUAAAGGGCUCAGGGAAAUGGCAGGGAGUGGCAGGGGAUUGGGCUAGAGAGGUAUGCAGGUACUAAAAGAGGACUUUGAAUUUUAUCCAGUAGAUGAAAAAGAGUCAUUAAAGCAUUCUAAGCAGGGAAUCUCUGUGAUCAUAUUUGCAUUUUAGAAAGAGCACUUUGGCAGCCACAAUAUGAAGGGUAGAUUGGAGAGGAACAAGACUGGGGAAUGGGCAAUGAGGGACAAAGAAAAGUCAAGAAUGACCCCAAGGUUUUGAGCUUGGCUAGAGCCAGUGAGAUGGUGAUAUUUUUUAUCAAGACUGGGAAUCCAAGAGAGAAGCAAGAUUGGAGAGGAAGAUGUUGAGAUCAAUUUUGGACAUUUUGGGCUUGUGAUUUCUAUUGCUCAGACAUUGAUGUGGAGAUGUAAACACUAGUUGGGUUGGGGAGAAGGAAAUCUGAGAACAAAAGCAACAUUUGCUUAAGUGAACUCUCUUAAGAAAUUUUAAGCUAUUUAAUUUGGGGAAUUUGAGCCAGUUAUGUAAACACAUCACACCAAUCUAGUCUCUCAGAUAGUGUUUUUCUCUUGGUUUUGUGGCAGAAAAGGCUGCUGCUCCUUGGAAUCUCCUUCCCAGACACCUUCUAACUCCUGCCAACUCUUAACAACAGAGUAGAGGGGGGCUGACCACUAUUAACAAGUAAUAGAAGAUAUAUGACAAAAGAUCUGUGGAAAAUACAAAAAAAAAAACCCAAUGAAACUGUCUCCUCCCAACCCCUUUCCUUACCAAACUUGAUUUUUAAAACUAAUCUUAAAAAAAUAGACAAGAUGCUUGAAGACAACAACUUUAAAACCAGUUGUAAAUCACCUCAAAUAACCUCUCAAGUAGAUGAAAAAGAUAAUAACAUUAAAUCUGAAAAGGAUAGUAGAGAGCAUUUAGGGAAAACAACCUGCAUUGCAUCUGACUCCAGGUCCAGUGCUCUUUCUACUCUGAGCUGCUGCUUACCAGGAAGUACCAUCUUUUUAAAAAUCAAUGAAUGAUAUCCCAAACAUUUUGAAACAUAUGUCAAAUGUGAAUUAUAAUAGUUGACAUUUCACAGGAAUUCAACUACUGGUGCUAUACUUUAUACAUAAUACAUUAUCCUGUUAAAUACGUUAACUAUUAAACAAACAAGGAAUUAUGAAUCUUUUGUCAUACAGUAUUUCUCACUCAAUGGGAUCCAUUGUUUCCACAAUUUCAAAGAAGUGUUGAAAAGUACUUGGAUAGUUUGGGUUGUCAGCUGGGACAUGAACAAAUACCUUCAUUAUACAGAACUGGAUAUUAAAUAUAAUCAUUAGAAUUGAAUUCUAACAGUUCAAAACUUCUAGUGGACUAAUUUAAAUAGUCCCCCAUACUGUGCUGUACCAGUAUUUGAUUUGUAUACCAUUUGUUGCAAUGCACUUGGUUUUACUUGAUUGUCAAUGAGAAAUACUACUUCAAAAUGCCUUCAUAGUUUUGUCCUUGCUUAGACUUGUGAUUUUUUCACCCCUCCCCUCUCUGAAAUAAUUAUCCUAAAGUAACCUUUCAUAGGAUCUUCAUGUAGAAAACAUUAGUAUUGUCUUGGUAACUUAUUGACAACAAUAAAUAGAUUUUAAAAAGAA